UUUCUCCAAGAAAGUCACGCACGGAGGUGGAAGUGGGGUGGGACCAGCAUCUGAGACUGCGUGUCAAGUUCGCGGUGCAUCCGUGUGCAGGAUUUUGGGAAUCGAUCUGCUUUUUUUUCCCAUGCAAAUGAUUGACCACACGGUCGCACGUGCACAUCGCGCGGUGACUGCAUAGUCGUGCACGAGACCCGUGCUGAGCGCGAGAGGAGAGGAGAGGAGAGGAGAGGAGCAUGCACGUCUAGCCGAUUGAAAACGUCCCGGUUAACGCCGACCGGAGGCACCAAGCGCUUCUCCUCCCCGCCUCUGCAGACCCGCGCUCACCCCGCCGUCCGUACCCCACAUCCCCGGGAAACAGAAAACAGGGGGGCCGGGAGAGGGGAGAGACAAUGGCCGCUAUCGCGAGCUCCCUCAUCCGACAGAAGCGCCAGGCGCGCGAGUCCAACAGCGACCGGGUCUCGGCGUCCAAGCGGCGCGCGAGUCCGAGCAAAGACCCGCGGUCCCUGUGCGAGCGCCGUUUCCUCGGCGUGUUCGGGAAAGUGCGCUGCUGCAGCGGCAAGAAGAGACCCGUGCGCCGGCGACCAGAUGUGCCCCCGAAACCUCCACAGGUGUCCCGUAAGGGCGUCAGGCUAGAGCCGCAGCUGAAAGGGAUUGUGACCCGGCUGUUCAGCCAGCAGGGCUUCUACCUGCAGAUGCAACCGGACGGCACCAUUGAUGGCAGCAAGGACGAGAACAGCGACUACACUCUUUUUAAUCUAAUCCCGGUCGGACUGCGCGUGGUGGCCAUCCAGGGCGUGAAGGCCGGCUUCUACAUCGGCAUGAACGGAGAAGGUUUCCUCUACAGUUCGGAGAUCUUCACCCCCGAGUGUAAAUUUAAAGAGUCUGUGUUCGAGAACUACUACGUCAUCUACUCGUCCACCAUGUACCGGCAGCAGGAGUCGGGCCGCGCCUGGUUCCUGGGUCUCACCAAAGAGGGUCAGGUCAUGAAGGGCAACCGGGUAAAGAAAACCAAGCCGUCCUCGCACUUCCUGCCACGCCCCAUCGAAGUGUGUAUGUACCGGGAGCCGUCGCUGCACGAGAUCGAGGAGAAGCAUCGCUCCAGGAAAAGCUCAGGAACUCCGGCCAUGAACGGCGGCAAAGCUGUGAACCAGAACUCCACAUAGCAGGACCUAAACGCACACACACACACACACACACACACACACACCUGCAUAAAUAUACCCACACACACACACACUUGACGCCUGCUGAACAAGCCGUGGAGGAAACACCACCGACCACCGACAUACUGAACUACCGAGAACCUUCAGAGGAACGUGGAGGUGGACGUAGACGUGGGGAGGGAGGCGCAGACCAAACGUCUGGAUCUGGACUCGACUCUUAUGCAACAACAACCUCGAAUUGUAGGUUCGAAUUGCAGGAAUGUUACCGGAUGUUCUGAACUGUAUAAAUGAGCUUUAAAUCAC